UUUCUGAUAGCUGAACAACUAGCUUCAUAGCUUUCCUUAAUUCAUUUUCUGUGUAAUUCGUGUAUAUAAAUAUAGUAUCUUAUAGUCUUCCCUAAUAUCGCGCCAAUGUACAGGGUUUAUCAGUUGUGACUAAUGGAUUUAUUAAUGGAUAAUCACUUACUAUUUUUUUACAGAUCAGUUAUGGGCUUUUAAACAAGAACAACUUGGUUUUACAGGUUAUUCAAAAUGCAUUUAUUAGGAACAUGUGCAGCUGCAGACUAGAUGGAUUAAAAUGUGUCAAAAUGCAUCAGCAGUGGUGUAUUGCAGGGUCUGCAUACCCACUUCUAAAUCCCCUGAUGUGCGUCGUGCAGUAGUAUUCUGCAAGCCUCAUUUUUCUAGAAUAGCAAAAGGCAUAAGUAAGAAAUAAAAAAUAGUUCACUCAAAAUAUAUAUAUAUUCUGCAUAACCUGUCUCACCUGUCUCGGCCAGUAUUCAUGCAAAAUCUGCUCCUCUUCUGUACUUAAUGUUAAUUUUUAUACAAAUCAUUAGUGCAUGAAGUCAAGCUGCAAAAGUUAGGUAACAAUCAGCAAACACUUCUGGCUUAAUUUACUUAAAUGGACCUUUACAUGUCCCUGUUUAUGACACAUGGCGUUUUUGUUAACAAUACAACUCGGUUACUUUUCAUUCUUGUGUGUAAUAGUUUGUAACGACGGCUGAAUAACAUCACUGAAGUGGGAAUAUUUCUACACAGGAGAGAGAGCAACCAUCUUGCUUCCACAUUAUUGAGUUAAGUUAGCCCCUAACUGACUUUAGCUUUAAGGUUACCGUUAGCUGGCCAAGAACGGUUGACCGCACUGAUUGGAAGCGAAUGUGUUUGUAAGUGGUCGGCUUCAAUCUGUCGGUAACAGGAGCUGAGUGUUACAAUUAGCCCGCGGUCUUCUCUACUGGAGCUGAAAUAACAAGGGCAACAAACAAACGGGGUAAUGGCUUUACUUUCGACAACUCAUUGCUUAGAGAAAGUAUUGGUGUAAUUUAAUAACGUUAACGCGUCCCCACCCACCCCCGUAUGCCCAACCUCCGGCCCAGUUUUGCCGGUUUCAGCGCUCGGCCCCCGUCAUGUCGUUAUGCCCGAGUAUUGGUUGCAAAUUAUGCAGAUUUCUGGACGUCGACGGAGGAGGGCUGGAGGCCGGGCCAGCGGAAUGCUACGUGUCUUGGAAGUCCCUUUUUAAAACCCCCUCGUCGUCUUCGGUUACCGUAACCAAAAGUUUGUAGGCUACAACUCGAGCGAGCUAGACUCCCCGCCUCCAUCCAGGCCUCUGUGUGUCCCAGCCCCGGUGUUCAGCGGUCGAGCGAAAUGUCCGGAGUGAAAAAGCUGCGUACGGAUCUCAACAGGUCAACCAACGUGGUGUACCAGGCCCACCAUGUCAGCCGGAGCAAGAGAGGGCAGGUCGUGGGUACCAGGGGAGGCUUCAGAGGCUGUACCAUUUGGCUCACCGGUUUGUCUGGUGCCGGUAAGACUACCAUCAGCUUUGCCUUGGAAGAGUAUCUUGUGUCCCAUGCUAUCCCUUGCUACUCACUGGACGGAGACAACAUUCGCCAUGGCCUGAACAAGAAUCUGGGCUUCUCUGCCGAAGACCGCGAGGAGAACAUCCGUCGUAUUGCUGAGGUGGCCAAACUGUUUGCAGAUGCCGGGCUGGUGUGCGUCACCAGUUUCAUCUCUCCUUUCAGCAAGGAUCGUGAGGAGGCGAAGAAGAUCCAUGCAAGUGCCGGUCUGCCAUUUUUCGAGGUGUUUAUUCACGCUCCUCUGGAGGUGUGUGAGAGCAGGGAUGUAAAAGGGCUUUACAAGAAGGCUCGCGCUGGAGAGAUCAAAGGUUUCACUGGGAUUGACUCAGAUUAUGAGCGUCCUGAGGUUCCAGAUCUCGUACUGAAAACUGGAGAGCUCUCAGUGAAUGAAUGCCUCCACCAGGUGUUGGAGCUGCUCAGGGACCAGAAUAUCGUACCAAGCGGGAUCAUGGAGGAGCUCAAUGAACUCUUUGUUCCAGAGAACAAGCUGAAUCUUGCUGUGGCUAACGCACACACACUUCCCACCAUCAGCAUCACCAAGUUGGAUCUACAGUGGGUGCAGGUUUUGGCAGAGGGCUGGGCUAGCCCUCUGAGGGGCUUCAUGAGAGAGAGAGAGUUCCUCCAGGUCUUACACUUUGGCAACCUGCUGGAUGGUGGAGCCAUCAACUUGUCUGUUCCCAUCGUCCUGCCUGUUAGCACUGAGACCAAGCAGGAGCUGGACGGCUGUGCGGCUGUAGCUCUUGAGUACCAGGGUUCGCGUGUGGCUAUUCUCAGGAACCCAGAGUUCUAUGAACACCGUAAGGAGGAACGCUGUGCCAGACAGUGGGGCACCACUUGUCCACAGCACCCUUACAUUAAGAUGGUUAUGGAGGGAGGUGAUUGGCUGGUAGGUGGUGAUCUGGAGGUGCUGGAGCGAAUCAAAUGGAGCGAUGGACUUGACCAGUACCGCCUUACGCCAAAGGAGCUCAAGCAGAAGUUCAAAGACAUGAAAGCAGAUGCAAUAUUUGCAUUCCAGCUGCGUAACCCGGUACACAACGGUCACGCCCUCCUGAUGCAGGACACCAAGCGCCGUCUGCUGGAUCGAGGCUACAAGAAUCCGGUCCUCCUACUGCACCCACUUGGCGGGUGGACCAAAGAUGACGAUGUGCCUCUUGACUGGCGGAUGAAGCAGCAUGCUGCCGUCUUGGAGGAGGGCAUUCUGGACCCAGCCAACACCAUUGUCGCCAUCUUCCCCUCACCCAUGAUGUACGCUGGACCCACAGAGGUUCAGUGGCACUGUAGAGCCAGAAUGAUUGCUGGAGCAAACUUCUACAUUGUCGGCCGGGACCCUGCAGGCAUGCCUCACCCGGAGACUAAACAGGACCUGUAUGACCCUACCCAUGGAGGCAAGGUCCUCACCAUGGCCCCGGGCCUCACCUCUGUAGAGAUCAUCCCCUUCAGGGUAGCUGCCUACAACAAGACUAAGAAGGCUAUGGACUUCUACGACAAAGAACGACAUGCUGAGUUUGAGUUCAUCUCUGGAACCAAGAUGAGAAACAUGGCUCGGAGCGGAGAGAACCCUCCAGAUGGUUUCAUGGCCCCCAAGGCCUGGAAGGUGUUGGUGGAGUACUACACCUCUCUUCAGAAGGACAAGUAAUCAACGCAGCGCUCAGCUCGACAGUCAACAGCAUACUGUAAAAAGAUUAUAGUCAUUUCUUAAAGGGGGUAUUUUAGGUUGAUCCUUAUUUUAUGCAUUUAAAGUGAUGAAUUUAGAUUACUAUAAAUAACGAAUCAUUCUGGCAGGGGUGAGUGUUUUGUACAAGUCUUCACCAAAUCAAAAUGACUUGUCUUAAGCAGUUAAAGCAUUACAUUUUUACAUUCCUAUAAUAUGAUUUAUAAAUCCACUGUAUUUUAUAUGCAUAUUAACUUAAGCUAUGUAUUUUAAUAAAUUAAAGGUGACUUGAGAUUCUUUUUUUAUUUUCAAAGUUUAGGUGCACAUCCCCAGACAGGGAAAUCAUUUUUGAUAUUCACAUGUAAUUAUCUGAAGGAUGCAUUAAAAAAAAACAUGUAGAGUUCACUUGUUAUAGCCUUUCAUGGAAUUAUUUGUAUGACCUGAAUGAAAGUGACUCGCAGUUUUUAUCACUACCUACAGUGCCUAUUUGUUUUACAUGUAUGGGUGUUGAUUAAUUCAUCAUGUUCAUGUUUCAUAUUAUCGUGAAAUAUAACACAGAUGUUUUUAAUAAUGUGAAAGUGCCUUUCUCUCAAAUUUCAACACUGUAAAACAGCAAUUGUUGAAAUUUUUUGCUGGCGUUUGCCUGAAAUGUCUCUGAGAUGUGUGUGAUUUUAUAAUGUGGGAACGUGCAUUCAUGUAAUAAAGCAGUUUUAGGAAGACAACAUAUUUCAAAUAAUGCAGUAAUAAAGGAGCUUAUUUGUUA